AUGGAUAUUGGUGUCAAGAAGAGAAAAAGAACCGUAUUGACUGCGCGACAGCACAAAAUACUUCUGAAGUCGUUCGAAGGAUGUGCAUUUCCAGAUGCAGAGCAAAGACUAGUGCUAGGGAGGAUACUGAGUAUGAGUCCAAGAACAGUACAAAUAUGGUUCCAGAAUCAAAGACAAAAAGUGAAA